UUGGUUAGACGGCAGGCGGGACGGAGACACUGAGUCACGGACAAAUAGACUAUGGACGGAAUUUUCCCGAGGAUUUGACGUAAAGUGAACGUUUUUUUUUUUUGUAAUCUCUAACCAACGUGGACCAGUUUCUACAUUUGAUGAUGCCUCGGCUGGUCCCAACCGCUCCGAAUUACGUUUCGCUGCUGUGCUUGUUCGGCUGUUUUGCCCCCUUCCCUGUCUGCUCCAUCACCGUGAACACUCCAGCAGAGCUCCAUGCAUCCAAAGGGGAUACCGUCAAAUUGUCCUGCACGUUUUCCUCCACCAGCAGGCCGACCAGUAAGAUGACGGUAGACUGGUCUUACAGACCCCAGACGGGAGGCCCACCAGAGUCAUUUUUCCACUUCUCCUCCCGGGUGUUUCCCCCCACGGACGGCCCUUUCACCGGUCGGAUCCGCUGGCAGGGAAGCCCAGCGCGCGGGGAUGCCUCCAUCUCGCUCAUUAACGCCACCCUGACCGACAACGGGACCUACACGUGCUCGGUCAGAAACCCCCCCGACGUCCACGGGUCUCCAUCCUCACACACCGUGCUCACCGUCACGCCCAAAGCGCCCACACUUCGCUUCUCCGAUGUCACCGUCCUCCUCGCCUUCGUCAUCCUCCCAUCAGGUGUCAUCACCCUCAUCCUGAUUGGACGGAUGUUCUGUCCAAAGAAGGAGCGUAGCCAAUCGAAGGCCUACAGAUCACCCAUAGAGGUCGUAGAGGGGGAGGAGUACAUCAUCCACCAACAGGCAGCUAAAGAGAGUAAAACCUCAUGCUGCUACUUAUAUCUGAUGGACUCAGACGAUGAGGCAGAGUACUACAACCCUAAAAGGAGGCCACCAAUGGAUGACGACUACGUUGUUGAAUCUCAGUGCUAGAGAGCGGCAACCUCGUGCAUUAUAAUGCCUUAAUGGAAUUCAAAACCAGAUUUACAUGUUCUAUAUGACAAUCCACCUGUCAUGUCGGUGACAGGGUGCUCUUUUUGUAAAAAUUCCUUUCAAAAUUGCCACCAGCAUUCUGUUUAACACCAUAAGAUCUGCACGUAUUCGGGACACACUCAAGGAACCGGUUUUAUCCACCGAGGGAACAAAAAAGAGGAGAUUUUCUGUUUGCAUAGCAGUUUUGAUUCUUUCAAUCUACGCAGUACAUGCAUACAAGCAACAAAAAGAGCACUGUACAUAGUUUUUUUUCUUUUGCUAUUAUUUUCUCAGAUUUACAUACUGUAUGUCACUUUCUUAUUAUGAAGGAUGUGGAUAUAUUUUGCCUAAUUUAUUGCUUGUGUUAGUCUGGAAGCAGUCUUUAUCGAGCUUCAGUGAAACAUUUCUGUUAUUUGUUUCAUAUUAGGAGAGGAUAAAAGUGUCCGUGCUGUGUGGUGUGCUCCUCUGCGUGUGUCAGCUGGUGAUGCGUGUUCCGUCAUACUUAUUGGUAUAUUUUUUUGGAGGAUUCCUGUGUGUGGACAUCAGUGAUGAUCGUGGCUUAUUAGUCCUACAGUAGGAUAAAGAUGUGUUGUUGAGUUCAACAUUUUUGCCAAAAUAAAUCUUUAGAAAGAGUAUUGUUUUGGUUUUAAUGAGAGGAUGAUGAACAA